AUGCCAACCCAGGCUCGGCUGCCCAUCCUGCUUCUUUGUGUUCUGCUGCUGCAGGCCCAGGGAGGGCACUAUAAAUGGAAAAAGAAGUUGAGUAUCCAGGCCUGUGAUAAGAAGCCCAGCGUAAAUGUUUGCAAAAACCACUGCUCAUAUUUUCUGAAGUGUCCCAAAUCAGAUACCAUAUGUUGUUUAACUUCCUGCGGGAACGUUUGCAUGAGCCUCCUGUGA